AUGUUGUGUUGCGUCUCGAGGCGAGCCGUCGCGGAGACGGAUUUGAUAUCCCUUUACGAUCAGUUUCCAUCGAAAGUGCAAUUCGUCGAAUCGGAGAAAAUAAUCGAAGUCGAUCGAUAUACCGAAUCAGAUGUGGCGCCGAUCCUUAUGCCGUGCGCGAUCUGCGCGCGGACAUUUAUGCCCCAGUCGCUGGAGAAGCACACCAGGAUAUGCGAAAGGUCCACCGGGAGGAAGAGGAAGCCGUUCGACUCGUCCAAGCAGAGGAUCCAGGGCACGGAGCUGGCCGAGUUUCUGCCGAGGCAGGAGAGGAGGCGACAGGACGACAAAUCCUGCAGGUCCAGGUCCUGGAAGCAGACGCACGAUGAGUUUCUGCGCGCCAUCCGCGCCGCACGCUGCGAACUCGAGGAUACCACGAUGCAGAAGCAGAGCAGCCCGAAUGCUCCAUCGAGCGCGCCGACGCGCGCGAACGAACAGGGUGUGUGUCCCACCUGCAACCGACAUUUCGGAAUAAAAGCUUACGACAGACACGUGGCCUGGUGCAAGGAACGUGUCACGAGGGUGACGCUCAGUCCUGCAACGAACAUCGCCAAGGAACGUCUCGAAGCGCGGAUGAGGUAUCGGGCGCCAUCUUUGAAGAACCGCCGGCAGACCAAUCGCGAGAAAUAUUCACCUGGUUCAGUGGUCACUCUCAAUUCUGGCAACAAGGUGUCACCGACCCUAACUAAGGCCAAGGAGACCGUGUCAGCCCCUAACUGCGUCAAGGGCAACGACAGUCCGAACAAACAGAAGCCAUUCGUCGUCAGACGAUCCGGGCAAACGAAAGAGACCUCCAGCCCAAUCGGUCCGAUGAAGUCGCGGGCGAUCGAUCGUACGAACAGGCUACCCGAAGACGAGUCCGGACCGCUAGCCUUUCGACCUGCGCCCCCUGUUAAAAGAACCUCCCACCUUCCUGUACCGCCCUUAAAGCAUAAAACUCUCGAAGAAUUCGACGACUCCCAGUCGCAGAAACUCAGAAUACAACCACGAACGAGGCACGAGACUCUUAACUGUAGAUCCAAGCAGGAAACGAGACAUCUACACUCAGCCAGAUCUCAGAAAUCCAACAUCGUCUCCGCCAGGAGCCAGGGUAAACCUAAACUGAACGACGUUUCUAUCAAUGUGGAUGUCAUGGCUAUGACAGUGAAACCCUGCAGCAUACACAAGGGUCACGAGCUUACUACGUGGAAGAAGAUCAGUCAGGAGAAGGAUCAAACGUCCAACGAGUCAAAAGCUCGAGGUUCCAGGCUGAACAAUCAGAAAAAGCAUUCUGUGAACGAGGAUCAACCGGUGAACGUUGCUGUGGACCUGGUGUCCGAGGAUGCACCCAAGGAAACGAGUAAAACCUCGAGGAAUCUAAGUCCCAUCAACUGGCCACUGGUCACUCCUAGAUUGAAUCGAACCUACUCGUUCAAGAAGUAUGAUAGUUCCGAAGAGAUGCACUUGGAGAGCCACAGAAGAUGGCCACCGGUAAGGCACAGUCCUCGAGUGGAGUUUUGUUUGGGGGACCUGGAGAGAGUCAGUCGGUUGCAUUCUUCCAUCGGUGCUGCUUGUUCCAGGGAAUUGGAGGAGAACCAGCGCUCCAAAAAUGCUCGUGGGAGCUCGAAGAAGGAGGUCGAGGAGGAAUCAGAAUAUUCUGAGAUCAAAAACGAGUGUCUGGAGUCUGAACGAUUUGAGACCACCAGGAGCAACAUUCUGGAGAAGAAGCGAUUGAGGUCGCCAGCUUAUGCUUUGAAUGAUUUGGAAACUGUUCAUUCUGAAAUGAAUCUUUUGGGAGAAAAUGAGAAUGGCCUGUCUGAGACGAGAGAUGAAAGCAUAUUGCGCUGUGUGGAUCUCGAGUUCUCUGGGGAUCUAGCUAGCCAAAGUGGCGAUGCAAAGGGAGAAGGUAUUGCGUUAUGUGAAGGGAAAGAAUCUGAUCUAUAUCCUGACGAAUUCCAGGAUUUGAUAGUCGAGAAAGACGAUGCAAUAGCUGAACGAGAAGCUGCAGAUAUCGAUAACUUGAAGGAAGAGAUGGAGUCUGAUGUGAGAAGCAUUGCUGAGCCUUUCAAAGAUGAGCUCGAAUGUUCUGCUAUGGAACCAGAGUACAACGAUGAUCUUGCAAUGUUCUGCAACAUCGAGUCAAAUUUAAUCGAGAUGGAAGCUGAACCGUUGCUCAUGAUAGACGUGUUACGUCCAAAUAGAUCCAGUACUCCGUUCGAUGAUGUGGAGAACUGUUGCAAAACGGAUGCAGAAUGUAACUCCAAAAGGCACGAAAAUUUCAAGGAAGAAUCGUGUUCCGUGGACGAGUGGAAACUGGACGUGGAUGUAGAAAGGGGGACAGAAUUGUUGUACCGCGUCGAACCCGAGGAUUUAGAUCCUUCUAGGAUCCACGACGAGGUUCAGGAACUAGAGAAGACUAAUUUCGAAGGGGAAGCCAUUUCCAAAUGUUCGAGCAACUAUCCCAAGCAAGAUAACAAUGUCUCUAGCACCGUGUCUCCAGAAGUACACAAUGAGGAACAAGUUGGAGCUCAAGAACAGCUUAGAAAAGACAUUGGCAGUCAAACGAAUAUAUGUAAAUGUUCUUUUAAAAGUUUCAAGCGUGAAGAAAGUAUCCAAGUAGAUCAACUUUGUAAUAAUUUUGUAGAGGAAAGGAAUACAAGAUUGUGUCAGACUAUUAUGGAAGAAUGUUCAGAGAUGCAAGUUGCUUCGAGAAAAAUUGACUCCAAAGAAACUGAUGAAGAUUGCAAGGUGGGUACAAAAGAUGACAGAGAUCUGGAUACCAGAUCGAUUGUCGAAACGGAGGAAGUGCAAGAGAUUUACAAGAAUUGCAGGUCCAAUAAUUUUGACUACGACAGCGAUAAUGCAGACGCGGUGAACGCGAUGAAAACAGCAGAAGAGAACGAUAAGAUCGACGUACGAAAUUUACGAUCGAUAGUUUUGUCAGAGUCGCGAGUCAAGCUGAAGACUUCGUCCACGAGUCGAUCGACUCUGAAGUCCCGUCGAUCGAAAGAGUUGGAGAUGGAAGGUAGAAUCCUCGAAAGCAGGAACAUCGAAUCUGUCGAGGUGGAGACUAUCGAGGAGUUCGGUACGAGGAACAGAAGCAUCAGAUUCAGAAUAUUGCCCGAGAUCAAAGGGGCCACGGUGGAGGUGAAGAAAAAUUACGGCGAAGCAGAGACGAUUAACGCUCAAACGUAUUGGGAGAAGGCGUCCAAAGCCUCGAAGAAUCGAUUGAUCAAUCUCGAUCCGCCGUAUCAGGGGGCGAGCAGGUUCCUUAAAAGAAAUCCCAAAGUUCGUAUCCUUCCUCCUGUUCCUAGUGCCUCGUCCUUGAUAAAGUGCAGGAAUUUGACACUGCCAUUACGUCCCGUAUGGAGCAAUUACGUGCGCAGAAGACCGGAUUUUAAUCUUGUACUUAGCGGUAGAACCGGUAAGGAUUACGAUCCCUUCUUGCUGGCAGAGCAGCAGAUGAACGACCUGCUCUCGGACGCUAGCGAGCAAUCCGUGACGGAUAGUCCGCCGAUUGAGCAAAACCGCAAAACUUCGUUUCCACUCUCUCACUCCUCCGCUUUCGUGAAGUAUCCCUACCAACCGUCUCCUUCUCGACCGGAGAAACGAUCGUCCCUGAUAGCACCACCCACGGAAUUCGACGACCUCGCUACCGAUUUCUCCAGCGACUCGACCGAGACCAAUUCGCUGUCCCGCGAGGUUUUCCUGAAGGAUAGCAAAGAUUUCAAGGAAUCUCUCUCGAAAUCCGACGUAGAAAAGAGAUCACCGGUCAGGGAGCUGGGUAGACGAGUGAUCAUCGACAGAUCGAGAGCUUUAGGCGGAGAAGUCGAGGACGCUGGUCGCGGUAGCAGAACGGAGAAAGCUCGCAAGAUCCUCGACAAGGUCUCGCCCAAAGUUAUACGACCUACGGUGAAUCGUUCGUUUUCCGUUCGAGCCGCCUCCGCUCCUAAAAUGGCGGCCACCGACAGAAAAACCUCGAACGGUACUCAGGAUUCCAAGGAAUCGUCUCAGAAAUGCAACGACGGUCAGAGGUCCUCGAACGCCAUCUUGAACAGUAGAAAUAAUAAUUACGUUAACCUUUCGGGCAGCAACCUCAGCCUCAGCUCCAUAGUGUCCUCCGACGUGGACAUCAAACGAUCGAACUCCGUUUUCGACGAGUUGAUGACCUCGUUCGAGGACGAGAACGAUGGCUCCUUUCCGUCCUUGAAAUCCCUCCUAAAGAACGAUUCCUUGUCCGUGACUAGCCCCGUACGAGGCAGACAACGGGGCGAUCAGGCCAGCGACGAGGAUCUCUCAUCCCCGGAGAGCUACAAGAGGCAGGACCAUAGCAAGCUCAGUGGGGACUCGGCGUACAGCAGUUUAAAUCGCAAAUAUUCGCACCACGGACGCAGCACGAACGACGUGGCGGGACGCCUGGAGGAGGACUCGAGGCACCAACGACGCCACGACGACGGCGUCGCGACGUCCACCAAGUGCAAAAUGUCCAAGUUUUGCCACGAGUGCGGUUCCAAGUUCCCGGAAACGGCGAAGUUCUGCUGCGAGUGCGGCAUCAGAAGACUCGUCCUCUGA